CUAUGUUACGACACCGUUUCUUGUCUGAUACACUACCAGAAACCCCAGCUGGAAAUUUCACUCCAUUCUGCAAAAUCCUAAACUCUCGUUUCAAAGUUUUAAACUUUGAGUUGGGUUGCAGACGAAAACCCCCUUUUCUACUCCAAUCAUCAUCGCCUUUCUCUACGUCUGGCAUUGGUCGCGGCAGAGGAGUUUGAAAGUGUUGCGGAAACUGUUCCUAAUAGUGCGCCUGCUUCUGUGAUGCACUUUGCUAAUCGUACAGUUCUUCCUCUUCAGUGUUAUGGAACAGCAAGGAAAAGAAUACGAGACAUUGAGCAUAAAAACAAGAUGAGACAGAGUGGAGUGCUCCCUACAGAAUGAGCUUUCUUCUUGUCCUUGGUGGCAAACUCUGGUAGUCUGUUUAUCUACGUACGAGUGAAGUUCUGGUGAUCAAACCUUAAUGCACAAAGAAGCAUGAAAAAAGCAGCUUCAGUAAGUAAAGCUUGAAUGCUUUUUAGAAGGUAAAUCUUGGACUCUGAUUAUGGACUAAAGUAUCACCGGUUAGAUUUUGCUUAAGAUAUAUGAACAAUAAUACCAGUGUUGCAGCAGUUUGUUGAAGCUUGACCACAAGAGAUGGUGUUCAAUUUUCAUGAAUGUGACCGUGACAGGACAUGGCUCUUGCGGAAUUAUAGCAGAAUACCCAGAAUCAAUUUUCCCACCCUUGUGCACUCAAUUACAGGAAUCUAACUGCAAAAGCAAUAAAUAACACCAAGAUUC